CACAAACACACACUCGCAACACCACCAGACCAGAGAGAGAGAAAGGAGAGAAAACAAAAUGCCGGCGGGACACGGUUUGAGGUCGAGAACCAGGGAUCUCUUCGCGAGGCCUUUCAGGAAGAAGGGUCCGACCCACCUCACCACCUACCUUAGGAUCUUCAAAAUCGGCGACUAUGUCGAUGUCAAGGUUAACGGCUCCAUCCACAAGGGUAUGCCCCACAAGUUCUACCAUGGCCGUACCGGUCGUGUCUGGAACGUCACCAAGCGUGCCAUCGGUGUUGAAGUCAACAAGCAGGUUCGCAACAAGAUCCUGAAGAAGAGGAUCCAUGUUCGUAUCGAGCAUGUUCAGCCAUCAAGGUGCCAUGAGGAGGUGCAGCUGAGGAGAAAGAAGAAUGACAAGCUCAAGGCUGAAGCAAAGGCACAAGGCAUGAUUAUUAGCACUAAGAGGCAGCCUAAAGGACCAAACCCUGGUUUCAUGGUUGUCGAAGGUGCAACCCUCGAGACCGUCACUCCCAUUCCAUACGAUGUCGUCAACGAUCUCAAGGGAGGAUACUAAGAGGAUUAUCUUGUUGCCUUGGAUUCCUUUGUGUUUUUUUCUUCAUUUCAUUUCAUUUUGAACUGUUGUUUCAGAACUUAAUUCUCUCUUUCGUGCUUUGUUUAUGUAAUGGACAAGGAGUUAGCUAUUGAUAAAUUUAGACCAGUUUUGGAUCAGUUUUAUUUCUGACUUUAUCAA